AGUUUCGGUGGUUUUGUUGCAGUUUGACUUUGUUCCAGUGCAAAAUGAAUGUGGCAGACAAAUUUACCGUAGUGGACGUGUAUGAUUUGGCGUUAGAUAUCGGCAAAGAGUUCGAAGUUAUAAUCGAUGCCAAUGGAGCAAACACGGUCUCGGGGCUGAUUACGAAAGUCGUGAAUGCGCUGGAGUUGAUGGAAUCCCUCACCUGCCAGAAUGAAAGCGAAAAUUCUGCCAUUCAAGAGUUACAAGAAAGAAUAGCUCUGUUAGAGGCCGAAAAGGAACAAAAAGCAGCCUCCCGGUCGCGGUACGAAAAGGAGUUGGAAGCCAUCGAAGAACAAUGGCGUUCGGAGGCUAAGGAGCUGUUCAAAGUGAUCGAUAAGUUGCACGAGGAGAAUCGUAAGCUACAAAGGGGGAUUGCACGUACAGCGAGUGAGGUUCCAGGCAACAACCACGCAGAUGAACUGUCGAACGCUGCAAUCGAUGAAUUGGGGAGCGAUUCGAACACACCCGGGACGGUGGCAUCGGCUUACAAAAAGUCCUCCGAACACAAACUACAACUCUGUCAGCUGGAGGAAAAGUUGAAGCGCAAGGAGAUAGAGUUGUGCGAGAAAAUGGCCGAAAUUGAAGCAUUAUCGAAUCAAAACGAUCGCCUAAAGAAAGUGGUAAGCGAAAGUCGCCGGCGACAAAAGCUUUCCCACAGCCAGAUCGUAACGCUUUGCGAAGAGCGGGCCGACUUUUUGGCCCAAAUUCAGGACCAGCAUCACGAGAUUAAAGCACUACGAACUCAGCUGGGCUUAGCCGAAAAGGAAAAUGAAGAUUUGGUGAAUCGAGUGGCAGAGGACGAACGCCCCCGAUUUUCAACGGUUGAGCUAAAGGAGAUGCUGACUGAUCGAAACGAGCUAAAGGCCAGAGUCAGUGAUUUGGAACAAGAACUUAUGACAUGCCAGGCCAUUGGAGGUAGCAGUGGCACAUGCCCUGCUGCCGACAUAGUUGAUGGUACCAAGACAGUGGACAAUUCCGUUAACGAACUGCAAUCGGUAGACUUUAGCGAGCUGCCUGUUCAAGGACCACUGCCGUACGAGCCCGAUGAUGCACCGUGGAAAAAGAGUAACGAAAGUGGCAUCAGGAAAUUCUUCCGCAAGCUGUUUAACGAAACCUCGUCUGACUGCUCCAGCUUUUCACAGCGUUCUCUGUCAACCCUCUCCAAAAUGGCUCUGUCCUCAGGCCCGCAUAGUGACAUUCCGAUUUAAAUAGUAAAAAUAGUCAAGGUGUAUCAUCAGUGCAAGUAAACUUGCCCACACACUGGUAAUCAGCAAAACAGAAAACAGAAACAUCGAUUUUGAACAAAGACGGUAAACUACGUUUCCGAGAAUUUUAUCAGUGUAGAAAUUGAACGAGACUGGCAAGAAACAACCUUGACCAAAUUUGAAGUGUAGUAUUCCUUACACACCUAUGUUGUAGCCUUUACAUGACCCAGAUUUACAACUUUGCUUGAACAUGUCUAGUGGCCCAGUUGCCUUUCCAUGUUCUGUAAUUGUUAACGUUGUUUUAGGAUUUCACUUCACUAUUUCAUUGCUAUACGUCGUAGUAAAACUUAUCAGAACUGAUAACGGUUUUCGUUAAAAUUUCCGAUUGUAAGUUUGGUGCUAGAAUUUAUCUUGGGAUUCGAUUUGUUUUUAUAGAGACAAAAAUAGCGCAUGUUAAAGCCAUUUAUAAACCUUCCAUUGCUUAGAAAGUGUAGGAACUGGCUACUGGAAUUAGUUAAAAAAUGCUCAGAAUACAUAGUAAAUUACGUUCUUACAGGCAGUGUUAGUCGCAGUGAGUUAAAACAGUAUACUUCAUCAUCUCUAGUCAUUUUUAACCCCGCAUUUCUAACGUUUAGAGUUGCGUACGUACUGUUUUUAGCGUUUAGCAUUAGCGACGUUCUCUUAUCUAAACAACCGAUAACGGAACCUUUGCCGCAUCAUUAUCCGUUGCGUUACACUAUCGUGAUAGGUGUUAGUUCUCUGCGAAAGGCGAGAGAUUAGUUUGGAGUAAAGUGCGUAAACGAGGCUGAGAUUGUACCGAGUUACAGACCCCCCAUCGGAAGAAUUCACAGAAGCAAAACAAGGCGUUGAUUGAAGUGAUUCAUGGAGAUCGUUCAAUGGGUAGGAAUAUUUACCUAGAUUUAAACUUUAUUUACAUGUCGUUAAUACGGAAACUGUGUCAAGUAUUAUGUGAGACAAUAUGAUCAAUUAGAACCAUUCCAUGUACCUCUGUACUACAACAUACUAUCUAUUUCGUGAACGUUGACUGAACGCACUAGUUCGAAGCCACCUACUAUGUGAUGAUAUCUUAGACAUUGUCUUGCUAGCGCCCAUAUUUCUAGCGAAA